AUGGCUGCUCAUAAAGUAUUGCUUUGGAAUGAUGCAGAGGAAGUUGUAAAAGGAACUAAAAUUAAUGCGAGACUGAUCAAUCACUCAGUGUUUGUAUCAUUGAGAAAAUUGAAAUCAAAUUCAAUGGGAAAGUUUGUGUCACUCAAAGGAACAGUUGUAAAAGCAAGUAAUAUCAAACCUAUUGUUACAGAGAUGACUUUUGUUUGUGCAAAAUGUGGAGCCAAACAGAGAAGACACUUCAAGGAUGGAAAGUUUAUUCCACCAACCAAAUGUAAAACACACUCAUGUAAAUCAAAAGCAUUCAAUCCAGAUAGAAGUACUGCAUCCACUGUUGAUUGGCAAAAAAUUAAAAUUCAAGAAGUAUCCGAAAGUGACGAUUAUGAAGCAGGUAGAAUUCCAAGAACUAUUGAAUGUGAAAUUACAGAAGAUUUAGUCGAGUCAUGUGCUGCUGGUGAUGAAGUUAUUGUUUGUGGAACAGUCAAGGUCAUAAACAGUGAACAACAAGAGUAUAGUAGAGGAGCAAAAGGAACUACAAAGAGAAUGUACUUUUUAUAUUUAGAAGGAAAUUCAAUUACAAAUACGAAAUCAACAGACAAAGGAGAUGAUACUCAAUCAUUUAGUACUAAUGACUUGGAAGCAAUCAGAGAAAUGGGUUGUGAACCUGAUAUUUUCAGAUUGGUUGUCCACUCUCUUUGUCCUGCAAUUUUUGGACACGAUAUUGUAAAAGCUGGUCUUGCAUUAACAUUAUUUGGAGGAGUUCAGAGAUAUACCAAUGCUAAAGAUAUGUUGACAGUUCGUGGCGAUCCUCAUAUCCUGGUUGUAGGUGAUCCAGGUUUGGGUAAAUCACAAUUAUUAACAGCAACAUCACACGUAGCUCCUCGAGGUAUCUAUGUUUGUGGUAACACAACAAGUACAUCAGGUCUCACGGUUACUGUAACAAAAGAUGUUUCAACAGGAGACUUUUCAUUGGAAGCAGGUGCUUUAGUAUUGGCGGAUCGUGGAUGUUGUUGCAUUGACGAGUUUGAUAAGAUGAGUAAUGAACAUCAAGCUCUUUUGGAAGCUAUGGAACAGCAAAGUAUUUCAGUUGCCAAGGCAGGUAUUGUUUGUAAUUUACCAGCCAGAUGUUCUGUAGCCGCUGCUGCCAAUCCAGUUGGAGGCCACUACAAUAGAGCUAAAACUGUUGGUGAAAAUUUAAAGAUUAAUCCAGCCCUUCUUUCAAGAUUUGAUUUAAUUUUCAUCUUAUUGGAUAAGCCAGAUGAGCUCAGAGACAAGCUUCUUUCAGAACACGUUUUGAAACUUCACUCUGGAAACACAACUAGAACAGGUUCAGCUCUCUCCACCUUUACCACAAAAUCUGCACUGAGUCAAGUUGGUACUCAACAUGGACAAACAUCUCUGAAGGAAAGAUUGAAACCAAAAAAAGGUGAAACUUUUGAUGUUAUUCCGCCAAGACUUUUGAGAAAAUAUAUUUCCUAUGCCAGACAAUAUGUCAUGCCAAAACUUAACAAUGAUGCAAAGAAGGUAUUACAAGAUUUUUAUGUAAAACUCAGAAAAUCACACCACAGUUCUGAAGCAACACCUAUCACAACAAGACAAUUGGAAUCAUUGAUUAGACUUUCACAAGCUAGAGCUAGAUCUGAAUUGAGAAGUGAAGUGACAGAAAGAGAUGCUUUAGAUGUUGUAGAGUUAAUUAAGGAAUCUAUGUUUGAUGUCCUUACAGAUGAAAAGGGAAGAAUUGACUUGACACGUGUAACUGGUAUGAGCAAAACCAAACAACAAAAUGCCUACAUUGAACAGCUCACCAAGAUUGCAGACUCUAAUGGACACGGUCCUAUGUUUGAAUUUAAUGAAAUGGUUCAAUAUGCUCAACAAAUGGGACUUACAGAAGACCACAGAAUUCUCAUUGAAAGACUUAAUAACCAGGGUUAUAUUUUAAAGAAGGGACCUGGUGUUUACAAGCUCACAACCUGUGCUUCUACAACCACUCCAACCAAACCAAAGCGUAAAUCUAGAUUGUCACAAGAGGAGGCUUCCCAAAAUGAUUAUGAGGAAUAA